AUGGUUAUGGGAAGAGUGCGUGCGACGUCUUAUGUAAGACGUACAAUUUCACAACCAUUAAAUAAAAAUGUAUCAUCAGGAAAAAAUAUAAAAAGUAGUUCAUCGGGUUUAACUGAUACAAAUUUAAUAAGAAAUAAAAAUUUACAUUUACAAUUAUUAUGUAAUAAUAAAACACCAAAUAAUUUAGGGCAUGAAAAUCUAGAAGAAAAUUAUGAAUUAAAUGAAGGAGGCCCCUUUUAUACUCUAAGAAAAAGUGACAUUAUAGGAAUAUUUAAUAUGCUACAUACAAAAUUAAAUAUAUUAUUAAUAUUUGUUCCUAUAGGUAUAAUAAGUUAUUUAAUAAAAUGUAAAGAUAUAUAUAUUUUUUUUUUCAACUUCAUGGCGUUAAUACCCUUAUCAGCAUUAAUGGGUCAUGUAACAGAAGAUUUAGCUCUACAUACAGGUGAAAUUAUUGGUGGUUUAUUAAAUGCUACUUUUGGAAAUUUAAUGGAAAUGAUAUUUUCUAUUCAAGCAUUAAAUGCAGGUUUAAUUAAUGUUGUUCAAGGUACAUUAUUAGGAAGCAUUUUAUCCAAUUUGUUAUUAGUAUUAGGUAUGUCCUUCUUUGCAGGGGGGUUAUAUCACCAUGUACAGAAAUUUAAUGAAAAGGGAGCAACAUGUAGUACAUCUCUUUUGCUACUUUCCAGUUUAGCUAUAACAAUACCAACAGUAUCAUCAUGUACUACUAAUAAUAAUGUUGAAGUGCUUUUAAAAGUUUCAAGAAUAACAGCUGUUUUAAUAUUUUUAACCUAUUGCUUAUUUUUACUAUUUCAGUUAUACACACACAUCUCUCUGUUUCAAGACAAAGAAAUGACUGAAGAAAUUCCUCAAUUAUCUAUAAUAGCUGGAUCUCUUUUCUUAAUUUUAAUUACAAUUUUAGUAAGUGUUCAUUCGGAAUAUCUUAUUAACACAAUUGAAGCCGUUAUAAAAUAUUAUAACAUUUCAGAAAAUUUUAUUGGUGUUAUUCUUUUACCUGUAGUUGGCAACGCCACAGAACAUUUAACAGCAGUUACUGUUGCAAUUAAGAAUAAAGUUGAUCUAACCAUGGGUGUAGCCGUUGGAUCCUCUGCACAAAUAGCUCUUUUUGUUGUCCCAGUUACUGUUUUAUUUGGGUGGAUAUUAAACAAACCUAUGACUCUUGCCUUCUCCCCCUUAUCCAGUGUUAUUUUAGUUAUUUCUGUUAUUGUUACAAUGGCCAUUGUACAAGACGGGGAAAGUAACUGGCUAGAGGGGGUUUUACUUAUAUCAGCUUACCUUAUCGUUGGUGUUGUUUUUUGGUUUGAUACAUCGUAA